CAUCACAGUAUGUAGAUUGGUUUCCGUGCUGUUUUUCUGUGUGUGUUUCUUUUUCUGCGGCAUUGAAGGAUUUAAACAUGUUUAGUGUCAUUUUCGAUGGAUUUGAGGGAAUUUUGGCAUUUUGGCAUUGAAAGACAGCUCAGAAAAGGAUAAAUAUUUAUUCUCAUUUCAUUAUUAUUUAUUAUUAUUAUUUACUAUUAUGGAGAUGUCCAGUAUUAAUCAUAAUUACCGUAAACGUAAUUGGAGUGAUCCGGAUUAUUUGGCAAGUUUCAAUCAUCAAACAAGCGGUACCACCAGUGAUACCUUAAAUCCACAUCAUCGAACACUUCCGCCGGAUGAAAAUGAACAUUCCACAGUAUCAGUAUCAGUAUCGAGAUCCUCACCACCACCACCACCACCGCCUAUAAAACGUGUUGCCAAUGAACGUGAACGUACACGCACGGCCAGUGUCAAUGAUGCUUUCCUAAUGUUGCGCAGUUUAAUUCCAACAGAACCAAUCAAUAGAAAACUAUCGAAAAUUGAAACACUUCGAUUAGCCUCAUCGUAUAUAUCACAUUUACAUGCCAUUCUAGUGACUGGUUCAAAUCCAGCUGAUCAGCCAUGUUUACGGCAUCAACGGCAGAUACUUACUUAUCCUUCUGAUGUUGGUGCUGACAAUAAUAACAUGAUGAUUGAUGGUAAUUACCAUCAAGAGAAUCAACGAUUAUAUGAACAAAAUAAAAAGUAUCGAUCGGUGUGUACAUUUUGUGUGACGGAAAUGAAACAUCAUCUACAACAACAACAACAAUCACCACAACAACAACAACCAAAACAACGUGGCAUAACUGAUAUGAAUAAAGAGACAAUCCUUUCAGGGGGACAAUGAACAGAUCAGUUUUUAUAUAUAUAUAAUAAUAUCCAUUAGAAAACAUUCAAUUUAUGAGUCAUGUACAGUAAGAACAAUAAACAAACAAACAAGCUAACUAACCAAUCACAUUUCAUUAAAAUGAUUACUAUGACAACACUAGUGACUAGUAUCUAGUUUCCGCGCUUAUUGAUUAUUAAUGACGGUGAUUAAUUGUCUUUUUAAACGAAUGCACAGAUCUAUGUAUAGAGUAAUAACCGUUGUGGGUGAAAUUGGAUAUAUAGUGUACACUUCAACGAAGGUAACAUUGAAACCUUGAUAUCAGUUAAGGAAAGUGUAAUUAGUAUUAACAAAAGUAUUAUUAUUAAUAAUAUUUAUUUAUUUUUUUCUCAUUUGUUUUAUAUCCCUCCCUACUGUUUUGUCAGUAAUAUGGUAAUCAUUUGUAAAAGCGUUUUAUUUUAAAGAAAGAAACCUAAUUUUACUUUUAAUUUACUUCUAAAUGUUAACUAGGCGGGGGGGUUACUAAUGUAUAACUGGCCUGAGCGGAUUUCUACGAAGCACAUUUUAUACAGGCUUUGUCGUCAGUUGGACAAUUUACUGCUUGUGGAUAAUCUCUUUUGGAUUCUAAACUAAAGCAUGCAUUUGUAUCACUGCGAUAUGACACAGGAAGAAAGUGUGUCUG